ACAGAGCUGCCCUCACAGUUGUACUAACAUCCAUCAAAGGACACUCCCUCUUGGAGUGUAAAAGUACCAUGUUACUGAUGUCAUCUCUCCAUCUGCCAGCUGUGCUAGUGAACAUCUGCAACAGUACCACCGGGAAUACUUCAGGAACAGGGCUGGUUUUAAAAAAUGAAAUAUGCUUCAUGGUAUUUUUUUUUUUAUUUCAGUUUACGUGAACAAUAAGAUACUUUGCCCUAAAUGGAAUGUGUUUGUGAAAAUUCACUUCAGCUGAAUUUUUUUCACCAGGGUAAAAAAGUUUGAUGGAAAAGUUUGUGUCUGUAAUUCUGAGUCUUAUACAUCAAUAUAAAUAGCUCAACAAACAUUAAAGUUACCAGAUAGGAGUAAUAAAAUACAGUCCCGUCUACACCUAAUAGAUAGAAAGGGCUGGUCUGAUGUAUUACCUCCGUUGAUUCACACAGAUAAAUCGCUGAACCUUUUUAAGGAUUUGGGCACCAAAACUUUAGAAAUGAAACCUGUUGGCUAAUGAGCAAUUAAAAAAUUCGAGAAAGGGUCUUUAUAGGAAGCUCUGCAAAAAAUGGUGUGUAAAGUUCAUUAUCAUUGUCUCCCUGAACCAACAACAACCUGGAUCAACAAAAAACCCACCCAUAUGAUACCAAAGGUCAGUCAAAUCUUCUCCUAAACUGGGUUGCCUUUCUGAACGCCUCACCCCCAAAAUGCAAAGCCUACACCCGAAAUGCCCUUUUCCAAAAGUAUCUGUGUAAUUUCUUUCAUAGUUUCCACAAGUCAUGGAAACAGAGUAGUUGUCCAGCAGCAUCAACAAGUGAUGUGUUUCAACAAAAGACCCACCAUGUGGUAUGUCUAAUUAUCCUGCUUUCAAAAGCUUUUCUUUGGUGGUUUGCCCUUCAGAAGUGCUUGUGAUGUAUCUGGUGACAGACACAAUGCAGUGGUACAAAGUAGGAUGCUAGCCUCUUUUUUUUUUUUCAGAGUUCUGCUAAUAAACUGUGCCCACUGGGAAUAUAAGAGGACAUAUCUACACCCCAGGUGCAGGAACACCUCAGGUGACCAAGCAGAACCCCAUUGCUUGGCUUUGUGGUGUUUCUCGGUGGGAGAGAGCCAGGGUGCUGGUUCUGCAUUGGUACCUCCCCAUGGGACUAAAUCACAGGCACUGCAAUUACUGACCUGAGCCCCUGCUGACUAAGGCGCUCUGUGUUUUUUCCUUGAUAUGGUUGCUGGAGAUCACACAGGGGGAAACCUAGUAUCACUGUCAAACUCCUCAAAAUUUUUUCAUAUAUCUUUAAAAACUGUAAAUGUGACUCCCCCAGGGAUGGAGGCUGGAUGUGAGGGGGUGACUCCAGCUGAGUUUGCUCUGCCUUCCCUGAGUGGGUGAGUGUUCCCACCAUUCUCCACUCCCUCAUUUUGUGGUUUGGAUGUAUUUUGAGUGCACAAAAGGCUCAUUGACAGCCCCUUAUGAUGGGCUGAAGGAGUGCCCCAAACAGACUGUUUUCCAGGGUCUUGUCCAGGCAUGAGACCUCAUCUUUUACUGUUUGAAAAGCUGUCAUGACAUGUCCUGAAGAAACCUGUAGAAGAAAUGCUGGCCUGGUUCCCACUUGGCCAGGCUCUCACGUGUGACACUAAAGGUCAGUGGUUCACUUCUGCGGAAUCCCAGUCCUCUCCCGCAUUCUUUUUCUUCCUCUUUCAAGUCCCCUAAUCUGAUAAAUCCCGUGGGGAGAGGCAAGAGAGUGAGGGGGAGGAGUACGUGAUGUAACCUCCGCUCUGGCAAAGUUACGAGACCACACCGCGGUGCCUGCAGCUCGUGGGGGCUUCAUGGCGGGUACUGCGGGGCGACUCUGAAUCGCGCUUAAGAGGCGUGAAGAUCCACCACGUCCGUGUGAGACCCGGCAGGUGACGUACUCGCCUCACGUGCGGAGAAGAAAGCCGAGCGUGGCGUCUGCUUAACGGCAGCUUCUCCUUUUGCUGCCUGCCGCCUGCACCCGCGGCGAGAGGAGCAGCGGCUGCGUGCCGAGGGCACCCUGAAGGAAGGGAGGUGCGAAGCCAGCCGCACCGCAGGGGUAAGUCUGUUCCUGCUUUCCUGGGUUUUCCAGUUCGUUACAGGCUGAUGGUUUGGGAGGAAGCAAAGGGAGCGGGGUGGAGUGAUCUGGAAUGCGUAUGGAUUGUUUGAGGGCAUGUAACCGUAUGAAAUCCCUGUUGGAUUGACUCUGAGCCAGCUGAUAAUCACCGACUAAUCUCUCUGCUGGCAGAUUCUGCCUGGAUUACAAGGGUGUGUGUCUCUGUGUCAGGAUGCAUAUGAGACAUGCUUGUGCUGAGGGUUUCUGGGUAUGUGUCAGAGAAACACACCAGAAAGGGGUUUGACUGCCACGAUUGACUGCAGGAGAGAAAUUUGGUGCAAAUAUGCUUCUGUCACUGACACGGUGCUGUGUGUGCAGUUGCAUGUCAGGCUGUGAGGUCUGCAGGCAGGGAGGUGUAGAUAUAGCAAGUUUUGUUGCUUGUUAUGUUUUACCGGAGUAAAUCUGUAUACAACUGGGAUACAGCAAAGCCUUAUUAAUUUUAAUGGGUUUUAUCCAGACGUGCAAAGUCAAAAGUGCAGUUGAUAAACAGUGCUAGGCAUGCUGUAUGCAUUUGUAGUUCUAGCAGAACUAUGUGGUCUGGGUAUUAAGAAACUGUUUAUAUUCAUAAGGCUCCUUAAAACACAUUUAUACUAGUACAAGAGGCCUUAUAGUCAAGGUCAGGUUGGAUGGGGCUUUGAGCAAAAAGUGGAUGGUGUCCCUGCCCGUGGCAGGAGGGUUGGAACUAGAUGAUCUUUAAAGGUCCCUUCCAACACAAACCAUUCUGUGAUUCUAUGAUUAUAUUAGGCUACAGUUUUCCCUGCCAUGUAAUUCACAAGCUACUGUGCUGCAGGGACCCAGUGGGCACAGGAGAGUAGGGGACAGGUCCAAAGGAGGUGUGGGUACACUUAUACUCAGCAGUCCAAGAUGUCAAAAGAGAAAAUGUGCUUUCCUCAGUACAAGGAGGAGAUGAAACUUGGAGGAAGCUGGUCCUGUGUAUUUGCUAAUGAAGAGAACUAGGGCAGAUAACACAGCUGUUGAAAGUAACUGCAGUAAAGUGUUUUCUAGGUGAACUUCCAAAUCCCAUUGAAAAGGUCUCCUUGCUAAAGGGAAGAGGAGGAGCAUCAUGUUAUAUAUGAGUAUUCUUUUAAUAUACUAUAUACAGAAUAUAUACAAGAUAAAGCAAAACAAACUUAAUGUGUAAACAGGGCCUCAGCCAAAUAACCAACAUAGCUCACUUCACAUCUCUGCAGUUGCAGCAGUACUGAAUGCCAAACUGCCUGCUAACACUGUGAAUCUCCAAGAAUGCCUGCAGAAGAAUGCAGUUAUGCCACCUGGGGUGUGUCCUUGCAUGAAUGUUGUGCCUACAGUGCUUUAAAAAAAAAUCACGUGAUUGAUUUCCCAACAUGGUAUCUUGCAUGCAGCUUCUCAGAGUAUUUCUAGAGGUAAAAUGUCAACAGAAUAUCAAAAUCUGGAAACAAGCUAAAUAGCUAAUCAUUAGAGGGGGAUUCUCUUCCUUCCUUUUUUUCAACAUGACUAAUCUUGGUCCAAAACUUCAAUUUCUACAGAGCGCAAACUAUUUUCUUUUCAUUAGCUGUAGUCCUGAGCCUUUGUCUAAGGAGCUGCCUUAUUCAGGACUCAGUCAAGGCUAGGAUAAAUGGGGUUAAUCUGAUCCUGGGAGUGCUAAUUUUAAUUUCUUUCCAGAACUUGUGAUGGCUUCAACUUGGCAGAAAACUUGGGAAUUCUACAACUGGAUCCUUGAAAGUGGAGAUCCAAGGACAGACCCAUGGCCACUGGUGCACUCUCCGUUUCCAGUCACACUUCUCUUUGCCUUCUACCUCUUUGUCGUGGCACUGGGUCCCUUCUAUAUGCGUCAGCGGAAACCACUGAAGCUGCGAGGCCUGCUGGUUGCCUACAAUCUCGCCAUGAUGACAUUAUCAAGCUACAUGUUUUACGAGUUUCUGGUAACUUCAGUCUUGGACAACUACAGCUACCUUUGUCAGCCAGUGGAUUACAGCCGAAGUGAACUAGGAAUGAGGAUGGCAAGAGUGUGUUGGUGGUUCUUCUUCUCCAAAGUCAUCGAGCUGCUUGACACGGUUUUCUUUAUUCUGCGGAAGAAACAAGAACAGGUGACUUUUCUGCAUGUGUACCAUCAUGGCACUAUGCUCUUCAACUGGUGGUCAGGGGUCAAAUAUGUGCCUGGAGGACAAGCCUUCUUUAUUGGGAUGCUAAACUCCUUUGUACACAUCUUCAUGUACGGCUAUUACGCCCUGGCCAGCCUGGGACCACAGAUGCACCCUUACCUAUGGUGGAAGCGUUACCUAACCAUCAUGCAGCUGGGUUUUCAGUGAGGCUUUCAGCAAGAUGAAUGCGGGCAAGCCUGUCUUUUUCUCCGCACUUUAGCAUAAUGCCAUCUGCCUGCAAAUUCAGGAUGUGAACACUGUGCAACACAACAUUUAGAAGGGCUGGAAACUUGGGUUUUAAUCAAGGGAGAAUUUAAAUUCAGCGCAAUCUCUCCCAGGCGUCAGAGAAGCGCUGCUCCUUGUUGUUGAUGAAGGAACGGCAGAAUGGAUACAACCGUUUGAGAGGCAGCAAAUUUACUAGCCCUCUGUGCGCUUUCUUCUGCUCUGUGCGAUGCCCACCAUCGGCCCCUGUAGGCUGUGUCCCCAGAAAGCCAUCUGCCAUGGUCCUGAGGAUGCUUACUGUGUGGGGGAAUUUUUGAAAGUGCCUCUAGGAUUGAGAAGGGAAGUGUAGGAAGAGGGUUGAGAAUGGAUGUGGGGUUUUUAUGAGGGGUGCUUGAAAGAUUGGGGAGAGAUCCAUGAUGGUUAGCACGUGUAUGUCCCUUUAGGGGGCUGGGGUUUGUUCUCGGACUCAUCUAAUGCAAUGACAGGUCACGGGGCGGUUGCAAGCAAAGGCAAAACGUAACCCUUGUGGGAGGAGGUCCUUGGAAGGGGGUUUUGCAGAUGGGGAGAAGGGCGUCUGUGUUCAAACACAUGCAGGAACAGCAGGCUGAAUGAAAAAAGUACAGAGGUGAGGGAGCAGGCACAGGUGCUGGCAAGUCCUCUGUUUUAUGUUGUGUUACUGGUUAUAUUUGUAUGCAGAUGAAAGGACAGUUGAGUGUCCGUGGAUGCCUGUGACUGGCCCUGUGAAAGGGAUAUACUCACGGAGCAGACGCCAAAGGCAUUUGCUGCGAUAGGCAGGUGCCGCUGUCCCUGGGGUUGCAAGUUAUUAAUUUUGACGGCGUUGCCUCCGGGAGAUCUAUAUGAACUUGUCUAGGGAUGUUUCCUCUUGAAAUAAAUGAUUAUUCCUGAGGUGAGGUUUGGAGGGAGAGUAUCUUGCAUUAGAGGAGCUGACAGAGACGGAAAAACAGAAUCAUUUUCCCGUGUGUAAGCCCUUCCUCUGGUUAUAAUCCCUGACGUGCAUUGGUAACAGAUCAGCUGUUAUUUGUUUGGGUGCCCAGGUGUGGUGGGUUGACCCAACAGACCAGGUAUGUCUGUACUGUUGCAGAGUUUGCUAGUCCCAAAGGGUAUUAUACUACGUUUUGCAGGUUUGAUACAUUAUUCUGUUAAAUAACUGUAAAUCAAAGGGCCAUUAUUUUCAAAGGGCUGCUCCAGAAAACAUACCUGUAGUUUUGCUUCUAGGAAUUUCUUGUGAGAAUGAAGUGGUCCUUUACUUCACCGGCACGGUGGCAAAACAGGUCAGUGAUUCUGUGCUCAGAGGUAAAUUACAGAACAUACCGUGUCAUGGGGAAAUCACCACUUACAGUAACCAUUUAGUAUAAUUAUGGUUUUCUAUUUUGGCACUGUUUUUAAUAUCUUUGGGCAUGUUUCAUACACAGAAGUAAUGUUUUAAAUUAAGUGAAAACCCACUAAUCCCAGUGAAUCUAGGUAAACUGUUUGAUGGAGGUAUGAGCACCAGCACAAGGAUUCGGUAAAAAUGUCACUGCGCUGAUGCCAACUGGAAGGCAAAAUGGUUUUUCACUUAAUUUAGUAUUUUUUAAUACUUGAUUUUGUUAGAAAUCCAGAAACUCCGCAAGAGCGGAGUGGUAUACAUACGUAUAAAGUUUUGGUCCUACAGUAUUUGUAUAGGUAUUUAGUAUAUUCCCCUGUAGACCUUGAAUAGAAUAGAUGAGUUUAUGGUUUGAAUAUAGAAAAUAAGAUCUUGGCAUUGACUGUAUUCCUGAACUGUAACUGAAGUCAUUGUGUAAAGCUGCUUCAAUUCCUCUUCUCUAAUAAACUGUGCAUCUACCCAAA